AUGGCGCUGCCCCCGGCCCCGCUCCCCGCGCGGGAACCUAACGGGGCCGGGCGCCGGGGGGGGACACCCGAGCCCCUGAGCUUCGCGGACGUGGCCGUGUACUUCUCCCCGGAGGAGUGGGGGUGUCUGCGGCCCGCGCAGAGGGCCCUGUACCGGGACGUGAUGCGGGAGACCUACGGCCACCUGGGCGCGCUCGGCUUCCGAGGCACCAAGCCAGCCCUCAUCUCCUGGGUGGAGGAAGAGGCCGAACUGUGGGGUCCAGAUGCCCGGGAUCCUGAGACGGGAGAGUGUCUUAGAGAAGCAGACACAGCAGGUUCCAGAGACGAGGAAGAGAAAGGACAAAGAGAAGGGACCGAGGCACUGGGGAAGAUCCGUUCUGUGGACCCUCAGCCUCCCGGGCUGAUGGCUCUCAAACCCUUUUCUGCUGGGUUUUCUUAUGGUUGGGAGCAGCCAUCGAAGGUGCCUCGCCGGGGUCGCCCACCACUCUGUGCCCAUCCCCCGGUCCCCAGGGCAGACCAGAGGCACGGUUGCUACAUGUGCGGGAAGAGUUUCGCUUGGCGCUCCACCCUGGUGGAGCAUCUGUACACCCACACGGGCGAGAAGCCCUUCAGUUGCCCUGACUGUGGCAAGGGCUUCAGCCAGGCCUCCUCUCUGAGCAAGCACCGGGCCAUCCACCGAGGGGAGCGGCCCCACCGCUGCCCGGACUGUGGCCGGGCCUUCACCCAGCGCUCCGCCCUCACCACCCACCUCCGGGUCCACACGGGCGAGAAGCCCUACAGCUGUGAUGACUGCGGCCGCUGCUUCAGCCAGAGCUCCGCCCUCUACCAGCACCAGCGGGUCCAUAGCGGCGAGACCCCCUUCCCGUGCCCAGACUGUGGCCGCGCCUUCGCCCACGCCUCAGACCUCCGGCGCCACGUGCGCACCCACACGGGCGAGAAGCCCUAUCCAUGCCCAGAUUGCGGGCGCUGCUUCCGGCAGAGCUCCGAGAUGGCAGCCCACCGGCGCACCCACAGCGGCGAGCGCCCCUAUGCCUGUCCGCAAUGCGGCAGGUGCUUCGGCCAGAAGUCAGCCAUGGCCAAGCACCAGUGGGUCCAUAGGCCCGGGGCGGGGCGGCGCAGGGGCCGGGGUGCCAGUGGGUUGCCUGUACCCCUGGCCUCUGGCCGAGGGGACCUGGACCCACCCGUGGGCUUCCAGCACUACCCAGAGAUAUUCCAGGAGUGUGGGUGA